UGUCGGUCAGCGGAGCAAACCCGGAGAACCGCAGCGGCAGGAUGGGGAAGAAACAGAAGAAAUCCGGGGAGGACAGUGCCAAAGAUGACGGCAUUGACAUCGACGCUCUGGCGGCGGAGAUCGAAGGAGCCGGCGCCUCCAAAGAACCAAAAGGGAAGAAGAAGAAGAAAGGAGCCAAGAAGGACGACUUCGACGAGGACGACAUCCUGAAGGAGCUGGAGGAGUUGUCUCUGGAGACUCAGGGAGGAAAGGCAAAGAAAGCAGACACCACAGAGGAAGUGGAGAGCGUCGAGCCUCCCAAACCAGAGAAGAAGAAGACCAGAAAGGGGAGGAAGGGUGGAGCCAGCCCUGAGGAAGAGGAGGGCGAGGAAGCUGAAGGUCAGGCUGAUGGAGAGAGGAACGGAGAGCAGAAAGACAAGAAGGCGGCUCCUGCUGCUCCUCCCUCCGACUCAGAUGACGACAGCAGCUCACGUUCUCGCCUCAAGAACAAAGGAGGUAAGAAGGGAGGCAAAAAACCUUCAGUGUCCGACGAAGAGGAGGACAAAGAGGAGGACGAAGGCGUGAGCAAAGGAGGAGGUAAAGGAGCGAAGGAGGACGAGUCAGAGGACGAUGAAGAGUUCACCUCCAGGAGAGAGCAGAAGAAGAAGAACAAAGGCAAGGCGGCGAAGGCGGAGAGCGAGGACGAGGAGGAGCAGGAGGAGGAGGGAGGGGGCUUCAAGAUGAAGACGGCGGCGCAGAAGAAGGCAGAGAAGAAGGAGAGGGACAAGAAGAAGAAGGAGGAGGAGAGGAUGAAGCAGAAGAAGCUCAAGGAGAAAGAGAAGGAGGGCAGCGUGGAGGCUAAAAAAGAGCCAGAGAAGAAGACGACAGAGGCCGCACCUCCUCAGGUAGCACCACCUGCAGCAGCAACGGCUGAGGAACCGGAAGGGGCGGAGCCAACAGCUGAGGAUGAGGCCGAGGGCGACAAGAAGAAGAAAGACAAGAAGAAGAAGAAGGGAGAGAAGGAAGAGAAGGAGAAGGAGAAGAAGAAAGGACCCAGCAAAGCCACAGUGAAGGCCAUGCAGGAGGCUCUGGCCAAGAUGAAGGAGGAGGAAGAGCGAGCCAAAAGAGAGGAGGAGGAGCGGCUGAAGAGGCUGGAGGAGAUGGAGAAGCAGAGGCUGGAGCAGGAGCGCCUGGAGCAGGAGCGUAAGGAGAAGAAGAAGCAGAAGGAGAAGGAGAGGAAGGAGCGUCUGAAGAAGGAGGGGAAGCUCCUGACGAAAGCCCAGAGAGAAGCUCGAGCUCGGGCCGAGGCCACGCUCAAGCUGCUGCAGGCUCAGGGUGUUGAAGUGCCAUCCAAAGACUCUGUGCCAAAGAAGAAACCAGUUUAUGGAGACAAGAGGAAGAAGAAGCCCAACGCCCAAACUCCUGAAGAAACGUCCGAGGUAACUUCACCGACGUCGGAGACUCCAGAGCCCGUUCCCAUGGAGACGGAGGCUGAGACGCCGGCUGCGGAGCCAGAGGUGAAACCGGACGCUGCUGUUGACGACUGGGAGGCCAUCGCCAGCGACGAGGAGAAAGAGCUGAAGAAAGUCCACAUCGAGGUGAAGGAGGACACCGCCGCUCCUCCUCAGCCCACAGGCAGCGAGGAGGACGAGGAGGAGGAAGACGAGGAAGAGGACGAGGACGAUGAGGAGGAAGACGAUGACGAGGAGGAUGAGAGCGAGGAGGAGAAGGAGCCGGCGGCGUCGGGUCAUGCCAAGAGGAAGGAGAGCGAGGACGAGAGCAGCGAGAGCGACGACGACGACGGGAGGACGAAGGAGGAGCGGCUGUACGACCGGGCCAAGAGGAGAAUAGAGAAACGGAGAGCAGAGAACCUGAAGAACGUCGACGUGGACACGCUGAGAUCUCCAGUGGUGUGUGUGCUCGGACACGUCGACACCGGAAAGACCAAGAUCCUCGACAAGCUGCGACACACUCAUGUUCAGGACGGUGAAGCCGGAGGAAUCACUCAGCAGAUCGGAGCCACAAACGUCCCGAAGGAGACGAUCGAGGAGCAAACCAGGAUGGUUAAAAAUUUUGACAAAGAAACCAUCAAGAUCCCCGGCAUGUUGAUCAUCGACACACCAGGACACGAGUCCUUCAGUAACCUGAGGAACAGAGGCAGCUCUCUGUGCGACAUCGCCAUCCUGGUGGUGGACAUCAUGCACGGCCUGGAGCCUCAGACGAUCGAGUCCAUCAACCUGCUGAAGGAGAAGAAGUGUCCCUUCAUCGUCGCCCUCAACAAGAUCGACCGUCUCUACGACUGGAAGAAGAGUCCGGAGACCGACGUCGUGGCCACGCUGAAGAAGCAGAAGAAGAACACAAAGGACGAGUUCGACGAGAGAGCCAAGGCCGUCAUCGUGGAGUUCGCUCAGCAGGGUCUUAACGCCGCCUUGUUCUACGAGAAUAAAGAUCCCCGGACGUUUGUGUCGUUGGUUCCCACCUCGGCCCACAGCGGCGACGGGAUGGGAAACCUCAUCGCCCUGUUGAUCGAGCUCACGCAGACCAUGUUAGCCCGCCGGCUAGCACACUGUGACGAGCUGCGAGCUCAGGUCAUGGAGGUCAAAGCUCUGCCUGGUAUGGGAACUACGAUAGACGUCAUCCUCAUUAACGGUUGUCUGCGGGAGGGAGAGACCAUCAUCGUCCCGGGGGUGGAGGGGCCAAUCGUAACACAGAUCAGAGGGUUACUACUUCCUCCGCCUCUGAAGGAGCUCAGAGUCAAGAACCAAUACGAGAAGCACAAGGAGGUGUCGACGGCUCAGGGGGUGAAGAUUCUGGGUAAAGACCUGGAGAAGACGUUGGCGGGGCUCCCCCUGCUGGUGGCUAACAGGGACGACGAGAUCCCCGUCCUGAGGGACGAACUGGUGCGAGAGCUGAAACAGACUCUGAACUCCAUCAAACUGGAGGAGAAAGGAGUUUACGUCCAGGCGUCCACGCUGGGGUCACUGGAGGCUCUGCUGGAGUUCCUCCGCACGUCUAAAGUCCCGUACGCUGGUAUCAACAUCGGUCCGGUUCAUAAGAAGGAUGUGAUGAAGGCGUCGACCAUGUUGGAACACGACCCGCAGUACGCGGUGAUCCUGGCGUUCGACGUGAAGGUGGAGAGGGAGAGUCAGGACAUGGCCGACAGUCUGGGAGUUCGGAUCUUCUCUGCUGAAAUCAUCUACCACCUGUUCGACGCCUUCACCAAGUACAGAGAGGACUACAAGAAGGCCAAACAGGACGAGUUCAAGCAUAUAGCCGUGUUUCCGGUGAAGCUGAAAGUUCUUCCUCAGUUCAUCUUCAACUCCAGAGAUCCCAUCGUGAUGGGGGUGACGAUAGAGGCCGGAGUGCUGAGGCAGGGGACGCCGCUCUGUGUCCCCAGCAAAGGGUUCGUGGACAUCGGUGUGGUGACGAGCAUCGAGAUGAACCACAAGUCCGUCGACAGCGCCAAGAAAGGCCAGGAGAUCUGUGUGAAGAUCGAGCCCAUUCCCGGGGAGUCCCCCAAGAUGUACGGCCGCCAUUUUGAAGCCACCGACGUCAUUGUCAGCAAGAUCACGCGGGCGUCCAUCGACGCUCUGAAGAACUGGUUCAGAGACGAGAUGCAGAAAUCUGAUUGGCAGCUGAUCAUGGAGCUGAAGAAGACCUUUGAGAUCAUCUGAGGGAGCUGAAACACAAACCAACCAACCAACCAACCAACACACACAGAUAAACACACAUACACUUCCUCCCUCAGAUGCUGAGACGUUGACGGAAGGAAAAAAAAAACGAAAAAAAAAAAAAACCCCAACAAAACAACCUAAAAAAGACGUGAAAGUGUUUUUCUGUGAGAAACGAACUGUUUUUUCCACUGUUGUAAACAGUGAUAGUUUAGACCACAUUUCACACACAAACACACACACACUCAGUAUUCCAACGUGCCUGUUCUUCAGCAUCAACGUUGUGUUAUUAUUAUUUUUUUUUCUUCUUCUCUGCUCUGAAUAGUUGCUGCUCUUUCAUGUCCCAGACUCCGCCCCCCUCCUCCCUUGACUGAGGCUAACGAGCUUAAUGAGGCCGAUGAGUCAGUAGAGCCAGUGUUCAGCCAGGUGUAUUAUGGGAUUGUACUGGGCAGCACCAGGGCUGGAGGAGGGAAAAAUUCAUUUUUUUUUUUUCUUUUUAAAUCAUCGAAGCAGCAGCAGCGAUGGUGUCAACGUUAAAGACAUUAAGGAGCUGAUUUUCAGCAUUGACGGCUUUGCUGCAUGGUUUGUUGGCCACGUUGGGGGGACGGGGGGACGGGGUUUGAAUGACAGAGAAGAUUUUAAACUGUUUUUGCUGCAACUGCUGAUGUAAUAAAUUCCCAUGAUUCUGAUGAAACCUACA